UGAUACUCCCGCCGCUUUUUGCCCGUGGUCAGACGUUUGCCGCCGCCACCGCCGCCGCUGUGCCUCUAGCAAGAGCCGUCCUGCCCGGCAGUGUAUCACCACUUUUCACUAGUAGUAGGCGGUAGUCGUAGUGCACAGUUGUCAUUGCCGCCGUGGUCGUGUGUCGUGUAUGUUUUCCGAUCGCGCGUGUGACAGACGAAAAACCGACUCGGUUUUAUUUUUGCGUCGUUGAUUUUUGUUUUUUCAUAUAACCCGAGAAGGUUGUCGAUAUAUUGCCAAUUGUUUUUUAUCGUUUUCUCGAAUCGGGCGAAAUAAUAAUUUUUCGCUUCGUCGUCCCUGCAGACGACGUGCAGCAUCGGUGCUCGUAUAUAACAUUUCUCCUUUUUUUUUGUCGAGUUUUUAAUUCUGUGCGCCGCGAAAUCACGAAAAGUUUUUAGUGUACCGAACGAAACGUACAAUAUUGAACAAAUACGGUAAAAAGCCACAAAACGUUUCUACCGAAUAUUAAUUAUUAACGUCAUUCCGCCGCCGGCCGCCGCCGCCGCCGCCGCAUGUGGAGGUUACACAUGCGGCGGAAUCGGCGACCGCCGCAGAGGAGCCCACCGGCGGGACGGCGAUCUCUUCGUUGCCGUUGACACGCUCGUCGAUUAUCCGCUGCACCGCCGACGGGCACCACUGGCGCCCGAAGCAGACGCCACAGCCGCUAUGGCCAUCACCGCCGCCACGAUCACCGCUGCCAGCAGCAGCAAAUGGGUAUGGCGGCCAAGAUGGACCGGGUGGACGACGACUUCGCGGUGUCUUCCAACAUUCUGCCAUUGCGAGGGUCACGAUGACUGCGAAACCGACGACUCACCACCCGCCGGCCAUCCACGGCCGGUGCGCCGACGUACAAGGCAGCAGUCAUCGUUCGGGCUGUCCAAGUUCGCGCUUGCCAUCAUCACUAUGUUGAUGAUAUUGGCCACUGCGAUCGAGGAUGUUCGGGCACUGGGAUUUUUUGAGCUGCAAAUACUGGAGAUCGAAAAUUACCGCGGCCAACUGGCCACGGGAGAGUGUUGUGGCAGCGAUUCCUCGUCGUCCACCCAACAGCAAUCGUCAUCGGCACAGCGCAACACGUUGCAGUGUACCGGUGCACCGCAGUGCAACACACUAUUCCAAGUGUGCUUGCGCGAGUACCAGAGCCGACAACAGCAGCAGCAGCCAGCGGGUGGGUCGUCCUCGUCCGCGUUGGCCGGUGGCAGGGUGGUCAUCGGGGAAGACGAUUCGUCAGCCGCGGGUUCCAAUCACCACCAAACUCCCAACUCGCACCUACACCACUGCUCCUUCGGUAAUGUCACCAGCCCCGUGCUCGGCGGAAACUCGUUUACGCUUGGCGGUGACGCUGCGGCUGCAGUUCCGGACACCAAUUCACCCGCAGACGUCAGCAAUCGUGGCGCUGCCGGCGGAAACCUGGCAUUACAGUUUACCUUCAGCUGGACGAGAUCGUUUACGUUAGUAUUGCAAGCGAUGGACUACAACAAUUACACGGGCUUGUUGUCCGUUAUCGAAGAGGCCACGUAUUCCGGUAUCCUGUUGCCUGGCAACGAGUGGAAAGCUCUGUCACACUUAGGCCACACAGCUCGCAUGGCGUACAGGGUCCGGGUUAGAUGCGAUCGCAACUACUACGGACAAAAUUGCACGAAGCUUUGCAAGCCCCGGGACGACCGGUUCGGCCAUUAUACGUGCGGCGACACAGACGGCCGGAAAGAGUGCAUACCCGGCUGGCAGGGCGAGACGUGCGACAAAGCUGUGUGCAAGACCGGAUGCAAUCCCGUACACGGACAUUGCGGUAAUCCCGGAGGUUGCGAGUGCCGGAAAGGUUGGCAGGGUGAGCUAUGCGAUCAGUGUAUGACGUAUCCUGGAUGCAAGCACGGAUAUUGUAAUGGAACUUCUUGGCAAUGCAUAUGUGACGUAAACUGGGGAGGCAUAUUAUGCGAUCAAGACUUGAACUAUUGCGGAACCCACGAACCGUGCCUGAACGGAGGGACGUGCAAGAGUACGGCCCCGGACAGAUACACGUGCACGUGUCCCGAAGGGUUCGGAGGCGCCAAUUGCGACGUGGUGCUGAAUCCGUGCGCCACCGAGCCGUGCGCCAAUGGCGGAAAAUGUCGAACCGUGGACGCAGUCACCGCAUCCGGCGGUGGUGCCGGUGGAUCCGGCUCGGGUCUGGCCGCCAGCGGUGCUCCGAUGUUCGGCUCCGUUGCUCAAUCCACCCCGCUGCUGGUGCCCAAGCAAUUCCACUGCGAUUGUCGGCCCGGCUGGAUGGGCAGCACCUGCAAUACAGAAAUCGACGAGUGUGCCACUCAACCGCCCCGGUGCCUGAACGGAGGAUCGUGCAUUGACCUGGUGGCCGAUUGGCGUUGUGCGUGUGCGGACGACCGUUGGCGUGGUCGCCGAUGCGAAAUCGAUGUAGACGAAUGCGAACGACAGCACAGGGAACGGCAAUCGGGUGCAGUCGAGCAUCAGUGUGGUCCUAACGCCGUGCCAUGCAGAACGAAUGGGGGUGGAAGUAACUUCGCUGCGACCACGGAAUGCGUGUGCCGAAGGGGUUGGACGACGGUGGCGGCAAUGACGGCUUCUAGGGAUGGUCACAAUGGAACUUCGGCGGCCGCCCUUGCGUGCACCGUGAACGUGGAUGAUUGCGCUGGACCGGACGUGAAAUGCGCCAACGGUGGCACUUGCUUGGACUUGAUCGGAGGCUACACCUGCGCGUGUCCGGUCGGCUUUACCGGUCGGAACUGUAGAACUCAAAUCGACCCGUGUGGUGGCGAUAGCGAAUCCGGUGUGGCUGGCGGUGGGAAUCCUUGCAAAAACGGUGGUGAAUGUGUACCGUCACGACGUUGGCGUGGUGGAGGAGGGAGUGGAAUGUCGGCCAAACAGCAACAGCAACAGCAGACUUAUUCCUGCAUAUGUCCGUUAGGAUAUUCAGGCGAAAACUGUGAGAUCGACAGGGACCAUUGUUCGCCGAACCCAUGUCGGAACGGUGGCCAGUGUCUGAACACGCCGGAUGAUUAUUACUGCCAGUGCAGCGGGGACGGUUGGUCGUGGCACGGCAAGAAUUGUACCGUGCCCGCUGACGGCGGCGUCGCCGGGGCCACCAAGUCUACGGCCUCGACCACGACGACUACGCCAACAACCGCGAGAACCACGACUACCACGACCACGACGGCCGCACCGACGACGACGACAACGACGACGGUGGCCAGUACUAGACCCCCGUCGACGCCACCACUGCAGCGUAGCACGGCGAUCACGCCGGUGGCCACUAUACGUCGACCGGGCGCCGGAUUGCCGGGGGCGACGACAUGGCGACAGCAGCAGAAGCAAUAUGGUGACGAAGACGACGACGACAGUGCUAAAGCGUCAACAGUAGCGAACUCGGAUCAACAGCAGUUCGACGAUGACGGCGUCACGGUGAUGUGCGGAGGCGGUCGUCAUAGGCGCAAACACUGGAUCGCCGACGACGGUUGCAACGAGUGCAAAUGCAGCUCUAAAUCGCCGAUGAUCGACAAUAUUGAUGACAAGUCGGCCGUGAUGUCGUGCACCAACAUGUGGUGUGGACCAGCGACUUUCGACUGCCUGAGCGGUGUUAUGCCUUGCACCGGCACCAACCAGGUGUGCGUACCGAUCAUAGACGACAUGGACGACGAGGAACUACUUGAAGAUGACCUGGACAAGCGAGGAGAGACCGACGGAACAGCCACUGCGGUGGACACUCUCCUUUUGUGGCGUCAGUGUUUGCGCCCACCAUGUGGUGGCGUGGACGCGGAUCGUGACAGGGAUGACGUUCGGCUUCGGUACGGUUACGAUGACGACGGCGGCCAGGAUGACCACAGUGCUUACGUGGCCGUGGGUUCGUGGCCGAGGCGCCGUCGCCGGGGUCAGUGCGCGACCGCGGUUGUGGACGACAGCGACGUGGACGACGAUCGUGAUGAUGACGACGACGAGGACAGUUCACCCACGACGGUGUGGCCGUCGGUGGUCCAACACUGUCUGCCAAACAGCGUGGCCGGUGACAAACGUCAGCCGCACCAGCAGCAUCGCCGUCGCCGUGGUGACGCUUGCGGCCGGUUGCGCAUUACACUGGAUCCGGCGCGUCUUAGGCGUGGUACUCGGGUAUCGGCCGUAUGCCAUAGUCUCCGUCGAUUGCUCGCCAGGGAAUGGGUUCGCAGUGGCGAAGACGACGACUUGAACCAAGAUGACGACGUGGAGUACAGAAGAAAUAGAGUGUACGUUAUGUGCGAAGCGGCCGAGGAUCAGCGAGAUAAUAACGACGACGACCGAAUCGGCGGUGGUGCCGGAAGUAGUGGCAACACCCGCCGACGACGCCGACGGCGCCGCGUCACCAUUCGAGUGUCUUUGGCGGUCGUGACGGAUAAGCAGCAACAGCAUCAGAGAAGAAUCACAGCAACGGUGGCAGAGGACGACGAUGUUGAUGUUGCAGCGGUCGUUGGACGGGCCGUCCAAACGCUUUAUAAACGACUCAACGGAGGCACUAUGGCCGGAUCGACGGUGACGUCAACGAAAAAAGUUCAAACCGCUGGUCAUCGUCUUCGCCCGACACUAAACAGCGGUGUUGACGACUACGACGACGCGGCAGCGCUGGCGUUCUUAACGGCCGCCGUAGUGGACGUUUCCCUCGGAGGCGGUGUGAUGGCGGAAUCCCAUUCAACGCCCGUUCCGGCCAAUUCGUCCGGUUCUUCAAACGAUGAUUACCGCCAUUACUACUAUUACUAUUGGACGAUCGGUGUAGCCUGCGGAGCGUUGGCCACUGUGCUGGCGGCCGCGGCGUUCCUGUUACUACGCUUCCGGAGCAGCGCCAGGAGGAAAUCGAACGGUGGACAAACGACGUCGGAUUCUUCAUCUGCUGUCGUUGACCCUUCGGUGGCCGGUGGUGACAGUUUGAUGUUGUCUCUGGUGCGACGUCAAAACGAGGAGAACCUCAAGCGGUUGGUAACCGGUGGAAACCGGGUUGCCGUGACGGCCGCCGGGGGUGACUACGGUGGAAGUGGCUGCGGACGCAAUAAUUUGUCGGCGGGAUCAUCUCUGAGUUGUUCGCGUGUCAGCAUUGUUCACCCGUUAUGCAAUGUCACUUCAGCUGACGACGGAUCUUCACCUGAACUGCAUCGGAAACAGCAUCUGAACGGAGGUGGUGAUGUCGAUGGAAUGAAUGUAGUCGACGAAAAGAGUGGAGAGAAAACAACAAACGCAGCAUUACCACCAAUUGCUGCCGUUAGAUCUGUAGCUAUAGCCGUACCUCGACAACAACAACAACCACAACAGCAACAACCACAACAACAACAACGGCCAUUGGCCGCAGCAGCACCACAACCAUUAUUGUUGUGCAAAAAGACUUUGAACGUGGACAACGAGCAGCGACGACAAUUGCAAUUGAUGCAACAACAACGGCAACAACAAUCACCGAUACACCAGCAACCACACCAACAACCGUUACACCAGCAAAAUCAACUACCACUACACCAACAACAACAACAACAACAACAACAACAACAACUCGCUCACCAACCACAUCAACUACCAGUACAUCAACAACUUCAUCAGCAGCAGCAAGUAGCAGCGCAACAGUACAACCGUCGCAGUCGUGGAGACGUUCUUAAUCAACAUGUACAACCUAACCAACAACAGUAUCAUAAUCAACAGCAGCAACAACACUAUACAGCGUCAUUAUUGCACUCAACACCGACUAACAAUAACAGCAACAACAACAACAUCAACAAUACCAACCAUAGCUCGGAAGCUGGUGACGACGAAGCUGCUCCACCGUCGCUCACCGUUUUGGUGUAGGAGAUAUUAACUCUUAUUAAAACACCAAGUUUUGUACUUUUUUUUAAAAACUGUUUUUGUAUAUUUACAAAUCAUCAAUAUUAUUAAUUACCUGUAGUCAUUACGUAUAAUAUAUAUUUGUA